AUGGAAAAGAUUUUCCGUGCCCUAUCUUGCACAGAAGAACAGAAAGUGUCCUUCGCUACUUUCACUUUCAAGAAAGAUACGCAGGAAUGGUGGCUUUUCACCUUAGAAAAUGAAGAGAUCUUAACUUGGGCAAGAUUCCUAGUGGUGUUCUAUGAAAAGUACUUUCCAAAAUCACUACAGGAGCAGAAGGCAUCCGAGUUCCUACAUUUGAGGCAAGGAACAAUGUCGGUGGCAGAAUACGAAAGUAAGUUCACACGACUAGUACGAUUUGCACCAUAUGUUAUUCCGAUAGAAGCCCGAAAAGCAAGGAAAUUCGAAGUAGGAUUAGAUGCAGAAAUCAAAGAUAGGCUUGAGGUUCUGAAACUACCAACCUAUACAAGGGUGGUGGAUCAAGCAUACAUCGCUGAAAAAGGAAUUAAAACCGCAUGUUCAAGUGGAGGGGGUCAAAAGAAGUGGUUUUGGGAACCAGUCGGAGGAUCAAGGGUAGCCCCACCAAAGAAAGUAAAUCCCGAAUCUACUAGCUCAACUGCUUCAACCAACCAAAGUUUUAUUAUUCCCAGUGGUAGCACCAUUCUGAAUUGUUCGAGUUACGAAAAAACUCAUAGGGGACAGUGCUAUCGAGCAAUAGGAGCAUGUUAUAGAUGUGGCCAAGUUGGCCAUGUAAUGAAAGACUGCCCAAAAUUCACCAACUCUGUGAUAGGUACCUCUGAACUAGCUCAGAAACCAGAAACCACCAUGGGAGGAAAGAAGGAACAGAGGCGCCAAGGGAGAGCUUUUGCGUUAGUACCCAAAAAUUUCAAUGCUACGGAGAACGUUGUGUUAGGUACACUUUCUGUCUAUGGUCACUUCGCUCAUGUUCUCUUUGACUCUGAUUCCACUCAUUCUUUUGUUGCACUACACUUUGUUCCCAAGUUAACAUCAACACCUGAACCAUUGGGAUAUGCAUUAUCUGUGGCUUUUCUAUCUGGUGUCUCCACGCUUAGUACAAAGGUAUACAAGUCCUGUGUUAUAUCCCUAAAAGGUAAAACUUUGUAUGUCGAUCUGAUUCCACUCUGCAUGAGUAGCUUCGACAUAAUCUUAGGAAUGGAUUGGCUUGCUGCCAACCAUGCCUCUAUUGACUGUAUGACCAAAAAGGUCUUUCUUCGGUUACCCGACCAACGCGAGCUGGUCUUCGAAGGAACUGAAGUUUCUACCCCUUCGUAUUUGAUAUCCUCCGUGAUAGCCCAAUGA